AUGCUUGCGGAUGCGAACCUGGAGAAUGCUUCACCUGAACUUGUACCUGCCGAAGAAGCAGCUACAGAACGUACAGGACUACCUCUGCUGCUCCCGGCAACGGGAAGCCGAGCAGGGGCACCAGAGACGCACCUAGGUCAACAGUCGUACCCUCAAGCAGUGAACUUCGCUAACAUGUCCAUGCAUGAUGGUCGGAACCUCAGCAUGGCGGCGAACUUCUUUUCGCAGACGAAUGUGUUUCAUGUUCAUGAUGAGAACCGAGCACGUCUUAGGACGGAGCUAAGUUUCUUAGAGAUUGAAGCGGAGAGAAGGCACACACUGGCCAUGGAAGAACAGGCCCGUGCAAAUGAACAAGGUGUUUCGAACCUUGAGGAACUCGCCGAAAGGGUACAUGCUACUCGAAUGGCAUCGUGCGAAGAGCGAUUCGCGAGGUUCGAACAACGGUCAGCCACCAGGGAACUUGGAUUAAUCGAAGAGCUUGACGAAAUGCAAGCCCGAUUUGCAAGCAUUGAGCAAAACGUUUCACAAUCAGAGGCGCUCCUCGCCCAAAGGAUGCAAGAGCAAUACCAUCAACAACUCAACAGUUUUGCUGCACAACAAUCGCAGUUCCUCCUCUCGGAGUUCGAAGAAAACUUCCAGGUGGCCGUGAGAGAGGUAGAUCGCCAUCUAGGAGCACGAGCCGCUCGCGAAGAGAAGCCAGCCGCAGCUGCGAAAGCUAAGGCGGCUGCUGCCACCCCUGACACAUGGGAGGUCGACUUCAAGGGUGGAGUGUUAAUCAGACACCAUCGCGUGGAGAGAACAGGCUGGUUUGCACCAGGCAGCGACUGCCCGAUCAAUGUAACCUUCUGUGAUGAACCUGUCAUGAAGGCCAUUCCUGUGGAAGGUGAUGGCUUCAGGCACAUCAGGAGGAAACGUCGUUUCAGCGUGGCUUACGCCACCGCCGAGGACUGCCCCAAGCCGAGCAUGAAAGAACAGAAUCGUGCCAGGAUCGAAGCUAAGCAACUUGAGGCAUUGGUGAUCAGCAUGACGAACGAUGUACCUACCAAGUGUGGUUACAUGUGUGAAGACCUGACAUGUGAGUCAUGCGAACGCACCCCCGCACCUGCCUGCUCAGGCAUAGUGCCCGGCCUAGAGUUCCUAGCUGACACUGGUAGCGAGGAAGACCUCAUUAGCAAGGAGGAUCUGAGGAUUCACUACCCGAGCGUCGAGGUCAAAACUGCAUCAAGGCCUGUGAGUCUAAUCACAGCAAAUGGCCCAGUACUCGGGGAUCAAUCUGUCAAAGUCGAUAUCCCUGAACUGAGCCUCCCAGUUGAGUGUUAUCUACUAGAAAGCACUCCUCCUGUCUGCUCUGUCGGGCGCAGAUGCAUGGAUGAGGGUUAUGACUUCCACUGGCAUGCGGGGAAGGUCCCUUUCUUUGUCACUCCCGACGGCAGGAAGCUGAAGUGCAAACUCAAAGGCAGGGUCCCUGUGAUCGCAGAAGGCUCUGUUGCCACUCCAGCUAUCGAAGAGGAGAGUAACAUUGUCUCCCCGGUCCGCGAUGCAAUUUCCAAGGUGCCGCCGAUCGCCAUUUCCAAAGAACAGCUAAGCAAAACAGGACCUCCGUCGCUUGAUGAUCAGAAUUGUUUUGAGCAGCACAAGUCUACUGACCUCAACGAAGAUGAUCUCAUCGAACAGCUUUUUGCCGACUACGUCCCUGAAGGAGAAGAGGACCCGUUGGAUGAGCUCGAUCGGAGAUGCGCCGAAAUCGAUGCUAGGGAGAAGGAAAACAAAGAGGCCGACAUCGAAAGGUAUCGCAGGAAGGUUGAACUUGAAGAACAGAGAAAGCGUAGGGAUGCUGCCCCAGCAAUGCCCGUUGGACCUAGGGUCCAGGAACCUCAUCGCGAGAAGCUCAGCCGAAUGUACUUUGAUAAGCUCUGCGAGGUCGCUCAGCUCCAGUACGCACUUGUUGCUAGAGUUGUAUCACAAAAGGAGAUCAACAGCAACAUUGAUGCCCAAGCUGCACUGGACAAAGAGUGGCAAAAGCUUGUCGAUAAGCAGUGCUGGUUGUCCGAGAAGGUUCGCGAGUACUCCGAUGUUGCUAGUGAAGCCCAGAAGAAAGGGGUGAAAGCACAUUUUGGCAGGAUCUUUGAGAUUUGCAGCCUUAAGGGGUCCGAGCUACCGAAAGGGCACCCAGAUCGCAAGUGGAAGGGCCGAAGCGUGUUCCAGGGCAACCGGGUUUCCGACGAACACAACGAUCAUGCCAUCUUUGCAGAACUCGGAUCUAGCCCCGCUAGCAUGGAGGCCGCAAAGGUGAUUGACGUUUUCGGAAGUCAGCCUGGCUACAGCAAGCAGCAGGCCGAUGCUCGUCAAGCAUACACGCAGGCCCUGUUCAAAGGCGUCGAGACGUGGGUGAGGCUGCCUAGAAACAGGACGCUGGCAGGUUUCCGGGUCCACCUAGUUCUGUUGUGGGACUGCGUCGAUGGCUUGAUCUGGUCCACACCCAACCUUGGGCGUUUGGAUGGCUAUCCUGAUGUCAAGGUGGUCUACCGCACAGACUGGAACAAGGACAAGGUUGCGGUGAUUUGCGGUGGAGGCGCCGGACACGAGCCCUUGCAUGGCGGAUUCGUGGGGCGAGGCAUGCUCACGGCUGCGGUCUCUGGCGAGACUUUUGCUUCUCCCUCGAUCGACGCCGUCCUGGCGGGCAUCGUCCAGGUGACUGGGCCGAAGGGAUGCCUGCUCGUCAUCAAGAACUACACUGGAGAUCGGCUGAACUUCUCCUUGGCUGCGCAGCGGGCACGCUCCAUCUACGGCUUGGAUGUGGAGACGGUCAUCACCAAGGAUGACGUCGCCACCUCAGCCGAGCGAGGCAUUGCUGGGACGCUCUUCGUCCACAAGGUGGCUGGCGCCAUGUCGGAGGAGGGCAAGUCUCUGAGUGAGAUUAAGGCGAAGGCCGAGGAAGUCAUCGCCCAGACGGUCAGCCUGGGCGUCUCUUUUUCUGUGGUUCGACGACUCAAAGCCGAGUCCAUCGGCUUGGGGAAGAUGGAGGUGGGCCUCGGCAUCCAUGGGGAGCCCGGGGCGCGCACGGAGCCACGCGCGGAGGCCAAGAAGGUGGUGGAGGUGCUGAUGGAGGGCAUCGAGGCCGGUCGUCAAACACGUCAGCUCCCCGACCCGGCGGAGGGCGUGAUUUGCUUGGUGAACAACCUGGGCGGGGUACCUCCGCAGGAGAUGUGCAUCCUCGUUGCAGACCUGAUGCGUUCGAAGUGGGGGCGCAGCGUGAAGCUGAUGGUCGGCCCGGGCCUUCUCUGCACCUCUCUUGACAUGAACGGUGUCUCGAUGUCCAUGCUGCCCUGGAGUGCCGGAGUAGCCAAGCUGAUCCAGGACCCGACGGCCGCUCCUGCGUGGCCAGCGGCCGUUGUGCCCGAGUUCCCGACCCCGGCCGCGAUUGCUGUCAGGGACUGCUUUGAAGGUGUCACUCCGUCUGCAGACGAGCAGGUGAAGUCCAUGCUGGAGAAAGUCUGCAAGGCUUUGAUUGACGCCAAGUCCAGGCUCGACGAGCUGGACAGCAAGGUGGGAGACGCAGAUUGCGGUUCCACCAUGGCCAAAGCCGCCAAUUCUGUGCUGGGAGAUCAGGAGCGGCUACCGCUUGCCGAUCCAAAAGCUUUGUGCGGCUGCCUCUCCGACAUCUUGGGCAGGACCAUGGGCGGCUCCAGCGGAGUGCUGUUGAGCAUCAUGUUCAUGGGAAUGUCCAGCACUUUUGGGGACGAGAACAGUUGGUCCGCUAACGGCGCAAAGGCGUUCAUGGCCGGCCUGGAGGCCAUGAUGAAAGCCGGAGGAGCUGGGAAAGGCGCCCGGACGAUGCUCGACGCGCUGCUGCCGGCCGCCGAGGCGCUCCUGGCCGGCCAAGGCCUCGCAGGCGCCGCGGAGGCCGCCAAGGCCGGGGCUGAGGCGACGAAGGAGAUGAAGCCAAAGGCUGGACGAUCGGAGAACGUGCCAGAAAGCGUGCUGAAAGGCAACGCCGACCCUGGAGCUGUCGCGGCAUCGAUCUUCUUCGAUGCCCUGCUGUGA